AUGCCAGUGUCGGCUUCUGUAGCCGGUAGAUGUUUGUCUCUUUACGGCGCUCUGAUGGACCACCGAGUAGCGUUUAAGGUCCCUCGGCUGCUAUACAAGGAUUUUCUCUGCGCCCUUUUGGGUGAACGCCACCAGGACCAGAUACUACUCUCUGUCAUCGUCUUCCGUGUUCUGCGUAAGGCUGCAAUAAAAACUGGCGUCAUUGGUGCUCUGACUACUUUAGUGCGCUAUUAUGCCAAUACAAACUCACGUGUGAUAGCCAAUCAGAAGGUUCUGACCAGACUUGAGAAAGCUGACUGGCAGUUUUACAAGCUCCCAUUUACGGAUAGAGCCGAAAUACUUGACGCGGUUUUUUCUGCAACACUCGUGAUGUGCCGUUCUGGAGACACCGUGGACGCCCAAGGUGCUCUGAUUUCCAGGCAGCCUGCAGGGAUUAAGAUUUCAAACAUGAAGUGCAUUGGAUACGACGCUCUGUCUGCAGAAUACUACAUUCUUGGAGGCACAAAUUACAUCAUAAAAGUCGACUUCACGGAUACGAGCCCAAGUGAAGAUCUGCCCUCUUCAGAUCCCGUAAUACACAGGCUUUCUGUCUCUGACACGACUACAACCGCACCACGUAGCUUUGAGCGUGCAGUCCUUAUUGAGCCAAUCUCAUUUGUUUUGGAUGCGCCUCUCCUCCUUUGCGAUCCUGACUUCAACAUUUCCUUAAAGCACUAUAGGGUGCUAGACGAAUCUGUUGAUGCAUAUAUCGACCCGCUAACCAACGAAAAGGAGGAGCCAGCGAAUAGUGCAGAGGAUCCUAUUGAGCCCCAAUCGCCUUCUCAUGUAUCCGAAGGGGCUAUAGAUUCAGUAAGUCUGCGGUCCAGCGCGUCGAGUGACGACUCCUACUAUUCAUCAGAAGGAGACGACGAUUAUCACACAACUGACAGUAGUAGAUGGGGCAACUCUGACCCUACUGCUCAGAGGAGCCUUAUUUCCAAAAUUCCCGGUCAGUACAAUCUUGUGUUUAGUAAGUUCCGUCGGAAACUACUUACCGAUCGCUUCUUUUCGUAUUAUGGACAUAUUCAAGGAAGAUAUGUGGAGAUCUCCAAUAGCACAUCACUCCACGGCUUUCUUCUAAACUUUUAUGAUUCCAUGAUUACUAAGGAGCAAAUUGAAACAUUGGUUACAUCUUUUGUUGCCGCGCCUACUGACAAUCCUCCCUCGGAUAUCCCUUGGGCUCCGUUGGCUCUACGCACUAGCAAAUCCAUUGCUGACACUUCCGUGGAUACUGCUUCCAUGCUGCUUGAAGCCUUUGUCCCCCACUCGAGUUCAGCUUAUCUCGGGCUGAUUCAGACUGCCGGCCUCCGUCUUCUUGACCUGGCUGUAUCCCCUUUUGCCUCUCAUCUCAAUGUAUUGUCACAGGCCCUGUUCACCUCAAGUACUAUGGAAAGUCUUCUACCAAUGCAAGAGGAAAGAGAGUUUUAUGCAGAGCUCCGAAACACACAGAUGCAAAGCGAGCCUGUGGCCUCUCGCUUUGCUUACAUGGCGCAGUUACCACUCUCAUCGCUCUCUGCCACUUGUAGCGCAAAGCAAAUAUCCACUGCCCAUCGGCUAACAUCGUUACUAUUUGUGGACGCAUUUCCUGAGGAAAGCAACCACUUUGUUCACUAUUUGGGUAAAACUCAUGAGCACUUGGACGACGAGCAACCAAAGGACCGAAAGCGAAGUGCUGCCUUAAAUUUGGGUCCGGCAGCAAAGAUGCGCGAAACUGAACGAAUAGAAAGUAGACGUGCAUUACUCGAACAACUGAAACACGAAUUAAACCCUGAAAGUAGCAACCUGAUAUUAAAAAUGCUUUCGGAGGUACGCGGCGGUUGGUUCCAGAAAGAGUGCAUAGCUGAGGGGAAGGAUAAAGAUAGUGAGCCAACGCGCAAGCGCAAGUUGUCGAUGGACCAAGGUGCAACUUGCCACUUAGCAGGAGACAAGGAGCCCAAUGCUGUCAGCGCCAAGAAUCGCAUUCCGUCCAUUACAGUGUUUUCGUUUACAAACGAGGCUGAGCUAGAUAACUACAUUCGCUUUUUAGAAGUUCAAACGUUUCACCACAUCCUCUCAGAAAUUGUCGCAUUUUAUGUUUCUACGGCAGACAAUGACAACAUUUAUGUACACAGGUCCUUUAGCCAACAGCGUGAAAAGUUUCUCUCUCGCUAUAACCCCGUCCUCAACUUGCUAGUUGCGCUAAACACGGAGUACCGCAUGUGUCUGCGAGAGGUGCGCCAGGAUUUCACUGCUGCUAAGCAGUCUAUGGGCAUCCGAUUUAUGCCAGAGCAUGUCGGGUUUCUCCACAAGUUUCCAUACUAUUAUUGGAACAUGCAAACGCUCCCAUUACAAGACAUUACGUUAGCAAGCUUGUGGUCGUUUAUGCGAAUAUGGGGAAUUUUAGAUCCCGCUACUUCAGAGGCCGGGGAUAACUUUCUAGAUAGUCCAGACGGUCAGCAUUGCAACGCCAUAAUCACGUCUCUCAUUCAGGAGCUUGGAAUUGAAAACCCAGAGUUUCUCAACUCGGCUGAGUCAGACACGUUAGACAGCGAAGAGACGCACAAUAGUAAUAGUAAUGGUGACGAAAGUAGCAAGGAGUCAGAAUACAUCCCGACAGACGCCACCAAGCGUCAGCUUAAACGGCUAGCAAAGUCGCAGAAGAAAAUGGUCAGCGAUAGCAGCUACAUGAGUUAUGAUGGCGAGUCCAGCUCGUAA